ACCCCAGGAAAGGGGUGUGUGAGAGCGAGGCAGAAAUGAAUGAAGGGCUCCCUGACGCCCGGGCAGCGUCUGUGGAGUCUCCGGCGCUGGGGAGCCCUCCCAUCACGCCUCUCCACAGCUCUUUGCCGCUAUGACCUUUCCCAGAGGUUUGAUAUCUACAGAAAGGUGCCAAAAGACCUUACACAGCCAACCUUUACAGGAGCAAUUAUCUCUGUCUGCUGCUGUUUCUUCAUAUUGUUUCUCUUCCUGUCUGAGCUUACUGGUUUCAUAGCCACUGAAAUUGUGAAUGAACUCUAUGUGGAUGAUCCAGACAAAGACAGUGGGGGAAAAAUAGAAGUAAAUUUGAACAUCAGCUUGCCAAAUCUGCACUGUGAAUUGAUUGGAUUGGAUAUUCAGGAUGAAAUGGGAAGACAUGAAGUUGGCCAUAUUGAUAACUCAAUGAAAAUUCCUCUGAAUAAUGGAGAUGGAUGCAGAUUUGAGGGUCAUUUCAGCAUCAACAAGGUUCCAGGAAAUUUUCAUGUAUCUACACAUAGUGCCACUGCACAGCCUCAGAAUCCUGAUAUGACACAUGUCAUCCACAAACUCUCCUUUGGUGACAAGCUGCAGGUCCAGAACAUUCAUGGAGCAUUCAAUGCACUGGAGGGAACGAACAAACUCAGUUCAAACCCCCUUGCUUCCCAUGAUUAUAUAUUGAAGAUUGUCCCUACUGUGUAUGAAGACAUGAGUGGCAAACAGCGGUACUCAUACCAGUAUACUGUAGCCAAUAAGGAAUAUGUAGCAUAUAGCCACACAGGGCGCAUUAUUCCAGCCAUUUGGUUUCGCUAUGACCUGAGCCCUAUUACAGUGAAGUACACAGAAAGGCGACAGCCUUUGUACAGAUUUAUCACAACGAUUUGUGCCAUCAUUGGUGGAACGUUCACUGUGGCUGGGAUUCUUGACUCCUGCAUUUUUACAGCCUCUGAAGCCUGGAAAAAGAUCCAACUAGGAAAGAUGCAGUAACAAAAGAAUCUUCACCCUAGUCUUGUGAGAAGAAGCAAAGAAGGAAAAGCCCACAGCUAUCCAUUUUUCUUCAUACCAUUUCAGUUGACAUAUGUCACACAAGCUGUUGGAAACAUUAUAAGGGAGCCAAAACAAAUAAACAACCCUCUGCCCAACAAACCAGAGUCUUUGAAAGUUAGCAACAUUUGCAAGGGAAUGUGGUUUUAUAUGUACCAUUCUCAUUCAAUGUUUUUUGAGGUUUGUUAUCUUUUACUUUUUCAGACUAGAUCUGAUAGAUCUUUUGUUUAUUCGUUCAGUCGCUUCUGACUCUUCGUGACUUCAUGAUAUGUUUUAAAGUCUCAGAAGGUGGCUUCAGAGCAGCAUUUUAGUUAUGUAAAUCAGAUUUUAUUCAAGAAUUAUGGAACUCGACAAUCAUACUGAUUUUACUGAACAGUAGUACUGAUUUUAGUAACAUUUUGGCUUUAAAAAAAACCUAGGCCAGAUAUUUAGAACAAAGUCUGUUGAUCUUUUUGCAUUAUAUAUUUUCCAGAUGAGUAGAAACAUAGGAUCUAUGGUCUAGUUAUCUUUUUGGCAGGCUGAGAAACACUUCCAGGGUGACCAUUUAAAACAUUUAUUCUUCCCAGGAUUCUCCAGCACAGUUAGCAGAAAGACAACUGUCUUUUAUUCUUCUGGAAUAUUAAAAUAUUUUUACUUAUUUCCAACAACAUAAAAUAAUAGAAACAAUUAGAAAAAAUGAAGGAAUAUAAGCUUCAUUUGUAAAUAAAGCAGAUUAUAUAUUUCUGUAUUUGUGAGGCUUUCUCUUACUUUUUGCAACACAGAUCAUUCAGCUGUCUAGGUCAAAAAUUUUAAUUUAAAGGAGCAGCAGGGGAGGUAAUACUAGGUCAAUACUCAAAUUGGGUAGAAGAGCAAUGUGUUAAAAUAGAAGCAAAGUCUUCCAUAAAUACUGGAAACACAGAAAGUAGCCCUUAUCUUGGGGAAGUCAAGUCAUUGCAUAAUAACUUGCUCAUCUUUAAAAUUUUAAUUUGUGAGCAUUUGCCAAAUGACAACCUGAAAGGCAAGCACCUACUUUGCUGAUUCUUAAGAGAGAGGUACCACACUGUAUAUAUAUAAAAAAACACAUUUUCUAUGUGAACAUUUUCUCCAUAUGUGUUCUAAGUAUAAAAUAAUAGUUUGUUCCAUUCUCCAAGUGAAUGUGGGGACAAGGUGAUAAGGCAAAAAUCAUGUGAGUUAAUAGUUUUUGAUAUGGUAUUGACAUUGGUGCAUAGGGACCUUCAAUAAAACCCACCAAUUUUCAUAGACUACAAAUCUUUUGAUAUAUGACCUGUUAUAAUUUUGGCAUGCUUUGUACAUUUUAUAUCACCUAAGAUGGAUACAAAUGGUGUGUUCUCUAGCUUUGCUGUACCUUUAAAAGAAACAGUAAGAUUUCUGACAUUACAGUUUGGAAACUGUCAUUUUGCUGUCAGAAUGACUGUGGUCUUUUAAGGGUGACCUUUUUAGAUUUUGAAAGUGUCAAAUCAAUAUCCUGUGAUUAAACUGCUUCGGUCCAGAAGUACUUUA